AUGACUUAAUUUCCGUAGAGCUAUUUGCUCUUUUACUAAAUUUCUCUGGGUUCUUACUAGCUCUUUACAUUUACAAAAUAGAUACCAAAAAUAACAAAAUUCUAUUUCUUUACAAUUUUAAGUCAAAAAUAAAAAAGGAAAUCUAACUUAAAAUAUAAAACAAUCUUGAUAUUAACCUUACAAACCAGCAUCAUCCUCUUAACAGUUAAGAAAUUGGUGUAUAGUAAAGACACACGUAAUUAGAUUAAGUUUAACUAUUAGAGCUAUCAGAAAAGUAAUAGAAAUCUCAAAAAAGUCUAUCAUUUCUUUCUUAAUAUUUAAAGGACAUAGUAAGUCUUAAAUUAAGCUAUUGGCUUGGAAGCAUUACAAUAGCACUUUCUUACUUAAGCCUAAAUACCUACAUUGUGCUAGGUCCAGCAAUAUGCUAACAAUAUUUAUAGAUAACUCCUUAAUAGUCAAGUUUUUACGUUUCCUUCUUACCAAAUAUAACUUUAAUAAUGCCUAUUAUAGGAAAGAUAGUAGAUAGAUAUAAAAUAUGGUUUAAUGUUUAUUACUUUAUAUCUUUUCUAGCUGUUUUAGGAACAGUCUUUUUAGUAUAUUAAAAGCCAACUAUAGCAUUUUGCUUAAUAGGCUUAGCUUACGGUUCAAGGACUUCUGCAGAAUUUCCAUUGA